GAUUUAAUGUAGCAAGAGAUAUGGAUAGAUUGUAGCUGUCCUGCUAUAAAAAUUCUGUAACUCCUUCUGUUGUAAAGUGACAGCCCUGGCAGGGUUAGGGUUAACCGUAGGCGGGGCUUGUAGUGUGAACGGGCUGGUGUUCCCCCGCCUUCUCUAGGAAGUAGUGCACAACAUGUCGCCGUGUAGCAGAGCUGUGUCUGUGCUGUGGCUGGGUGCUGUCGUUUUCAUCUGUGCAGAUGGAGACCCUGAAGUGCGGCGGACCACUCCUCAGCACAAGCCGGUGCGGCUCUUCACCGAUGAGGACCUGGCCAGGUACAACGGGGAACAGGAGGAUCAGCCCAUAUAUAUGGCAGUGAAGGGAGCAGUCUUUGAUGUUUCGGCUGGAAAAGAGUUCUAUGGAAAGGGGGCCCCCUAUAAUGCACUAGCAGGAAAGGAUUCUACUCGUGCUGUUGCCAAGAUGUCUUUGGAACCAGAGGAUCUAAUUUCCGACACGACUGGCCUGACCGAGGAGCAGCUGAAGUCUCUGGAUGACAUAUUUGAGAACGUGUAUAAGAAAAAGUACCCAAUCAUCGGGUACACCGCCCAGCGCAUCCUGAACGAAGACGGCAGCCCCAACCCAGGCUUCAAGCCCGAGGAUCAACCGCACUUCAAGAUUAAAGAUGAAUUUUAAAGAUAUGCAUGUUACAAAAUUGGGGAAAAAAUGCCAUUAAAAAGACAUGCGGAAAAAAACAACAACAAAAAAACACUAAUGAAAAUGUUUCGGCAUAGAUACAUUUUUUCAGCUUUCUUUAUAUAUAUAAAACAAACACUGGCUGGUCUUUUUUUUCUUUUCCAGAAACAGCGCCACUGUUGUCCAUGGUCGGUGUAGGGAAUUGCAGUGUUUUGAAUACUGCCUGUGGACAAGUAUGGUGCUAUUUUGUAAAAGAAGCAGACCUUUUUAUUUUUUAUAAUUUUUUUUCUAAAUUUAGGAUAGUUUCUUCAGGGGUUUCUCUAGUGCAAAACACAGAAGAAUAUUGUAGUAGUAGCGGCAACAAUCAUGCUGAAAAUGCGUAUUCUUUAUUAGUAACAUGCCACAUUCUUAACGCUUUUAAUGCGGUAUGGCACUUUAAAUUUAGGAAGAGCUUCCACCGCCGAAAAAAUAAUCUCGGUAAUUCUUUCGACGGAAUACCUUGCUGUCUAUUGACACGACAAUAGCCUUAUAGGGCUACUCGCUCCAACUCUGCAUUUGUUGGUUGGACACUCCCAUUAUUGGAAGGGUAAAUAGAGGAGGAGCGUACGUACUAAGAAGGCCCCAAAAACAUUGGGGAAACUGUUUACUUUUAGGGUACGUUCACAUGGGCGGAUUGCCGAUGGAAUUUGCAGUGGAUUUUACUACCAUUAACUUCAAUGGGUCAGCAGAAAAUCUGCAAUAGAGGGAGAUUUGCAAAUUUUCCUUCGGACCCAUUGAAGUCAAUGGUAGCAAAAUCCGCUGUGGAUUUUCCGCAGCAAACACGCUGCGGAAAUUCCGCAGGUAAUCCUCUUGUGUGAACGUACCCUGUGGGUGUGUUAGUCGUGUAUAUAAAGGGUUUCCCAACCAGUGUGCCUCCAGCUUUUGAAAAACCUCAACAACCAGCAUGCCUGGACAGCCUUUGGCUAAAUCAUAUACCUCAUUAUGUAAGUACCGUAGUUGUUUUCCAGCCAGGGUUCUUCCACCUGCUGCAAAACUACAACUCCCAGAAUGCCCGGACAGCCAAAGGCUGUCCAGGCAUGCCUGGAGUUGUAGUUUUGCAACAGCUGAAGGCACCUUGGUUGGGAAACACUGAUGUAAGUAUAGAAUAUUUUCAUAGCUGUAGUCAGUUUGGUAUGACCACUUUUUUUUACAGAAAACUUUUUCUUCUUUACGUAUAUGGGUUUUGUCAUUUUUGGUGAUGGUAAAAGGAAUUUAUUUGGGGUAUUAAAAUAAUAUUUGGGCACAUGUAUAAAUAUACACGUGCGUAACAGGUAUGUGCUUGGUACCAACCAAACGGCGUACUAGAUUUACAAAACUGGUGGUUUGUCCAUGAUAUAGAUAUCACAAGAGAGGAAACGCCUUAUAGGCCCCUGAUAUAUAGCUUUAAACUUUACCUAUAACCUAAAAUUCUGUUCCAGAUAAUUUUUUAGUGGUCUUAGCUCUUUUGUUCCAAAAAUCUUCCUUCCCUGCACACAGUCAUCAUGUUAAAGGGGUUAUCCAGGGAAAAGACUUUAUAUUUGUGUGAUAUAUAUGUAUAUACUGGCUCCAGAAAGUUAAACAGAUUUGUAAAUUACUUCUAUUAAAAAAUCUUAUUCCUUUCAGUACUUAUGAGCUGCUGAAGUUGAGUUGUUCUUUUCUGUCUAAGUGCUCUCUGAUGACACCUGUCUCAGCAACUGUCCAGAGUAGAAGCAAAUCCCCAUAGCAAACCUCUUCUACUCUGUGCAGUUCCCGAGACAAGCAGAGAUGUCAGCAGAGAGCACCGUUGCCAGACAGAAAAGAACAACUCAACUUCAGCAGCUGAUAAUUAUUGGAAGGAUUAAGAUUUUUUAAUAGAAGUAAUUGACAAAUCUGUUUAACUUUCUGGAGCCAGUUGCUAUAAAAUUAUUAUUAUUAUUUUUUCCUGGAAUGCCCCUUUUAAAUAAUAACAUUCUGACUGCCUGCAGCCACCACUAGGGGGAGCUUAAGAGUUAGCCGUAGACAGGAUUAUUAUUGAGUUUUAAUGAGAGCUGGAUACAUUUGUCUGCUGUAAGCUUGCCCCUUAUUGGUGGCAAUUAGCCACAAAGACCAGUGGUCUCCAAACUGCGGACCUCCAGCUGUUGCAAAACUACAACUCCCAGCAUGCUGGGAGUUGUAGUUUUGCAAGAGCUAGAGGUCCACAGUUCGGAGGCCUAGGACAUAGACUAAAAAUACAUACACUUAUUACCGUAUUUAUUAAAUUUUUUUCUGAUCACAAAUCAUCUUUCUAUAUUCGCCAAGGAUAACAUUUUUCUUUGAUGACUCAAAAGAAAAUAAAGACACAAUAUUAGUCAAAAAAAAAGAAUACAACUUGAAUUUCUUUUCUUUUUUUUUUUUUUCUUUUUUCUUUUAUUUAUCCACCUCCAAGGUGUAUAUUAUUGUGCAACCCCCUCCCAGAGAACCAUGAAUCCCUGGGAUAAACAUGUAUCUAUCUGUAGAUAAUAAUAAAAAGGAAAAAAAUAUUAGAGCAGAAUAUGUGGUCUUUUUCUGCCAAGAAUCUUCUAUGUUUCAUUAAAAUAUUAU